AGGUUAAUCAACGCGUGGAAAAAUGUUGGCUUAUUUAUGUCAAGACUGAAAGGGACGGGACAAUGUUGUGUCGUUAAUCAGGUCAAAGGUCGGAGUUUUCUGUUCUUCGUGGCAAUUACGUUAAGUCGUGGAAAUUUAUUUUGUAUUAUUAGUGCGAUGUUGUCAAGUCCCUGAGUAUUUUAUUUUUUUAUUUUUAUGAUAAAAUCAUCUUAAAGAAGAUACAUAUCGGAGAGACAGAAGCACAUGGAGAAGAGUAUCGUGUUAUUUGUUUAUUUAUUCUUAUUUACCAUCUUUUCUAGUUUUAGCUUUGCAGAAAUAACGACAGAGAGUCCUUUGUCAGUAGGACAAACUCUCAGCUCCUCCAAUGGAGUUUAUGAACUGGGGUUCUUCAGUUUUAAUAACUCCCAAAAUAAGUAUGUCGGAAUAUGGUUCAAAGGUAUCAUUCCUAAGGUGGUUGUGUGGGUGGCCAAUAGAGAAAGCCCUGUCGUGGACUCCUCGGCGUAUCUAUCUAUCACCAUCAACGGAAGUCUACUCUUAUUUAAUGGCAAAGACAGCCUAGUCUGGUCCAGUGGAGGAACUUCCACGUCUAACGGGUCUCGUGCAAAGCUUUCGGACAAAGGAAAUCUUAUUGUCACAGAAAACGUUUCAGGAAAUACUAUAUGGGAAAGCUUUGAGGAACUUGGUGAUACUCUGCUCCCUUCCUCACCUCUGAUGUAUAAUCUCGCCACCGGUAAGAAGCGAGUGUUGACUUCUUGGAAAAGUCAAAAUGAUCCAUCGCCGGGUAACUUUCUGGCUCAGAUCACACCACAAGAGCCAUCACAGUUAAUUACUAUGAAUGGCUCGACACGUUAUUAUAGAAGCGGUCCAUGGGCUUAUCCGAAGUUCACCGGGACACCGCUAAUGGAUGAUACAUUAGCAAGUCCUUUUAGUUUUCAGCAGGAUGCAAACGUGUCAGGGUCUUUCUCUUAUGAAGACAGAAGUUCACAACUUUCAAGUGUAGUUUUAACACCAGAGGGCUCAUUAAAGAGGUUUCGACGUAGUGGAGCCGACUGGGAAGUACCCUUUAAGGCCCCAGCCAAUUUAUGCGAAGUUUACGGUGCAUGUGGACCUUUUGGUUUGUGUGUUAGUUCAGUUCCUCUAAAGUGUAAAUGCUUUAAAGGGUUUGUACCAAAAUCCACGGAUGAGUGGAGAAAAGGAAACUGGACUGGUGGUUGUGGGAGGCGAACCGAACUAUUUUGUCAUGGAAACUCUACUAGCAAAUCUGCGAAUGGCUUCCAUCCUGUUCCCAACAUAAAGCCUCCAGACUUUUACAAAUUUGUAAGUUCUGUGGAUAUUGAAGCGUGCCGCCAAAGCUGCCUCCACAAUUGUUCGUGCUUGGCCUUUGCUUAUAUUAGUGGGAUUGGGUGCUUAGUAUGGAAUCAAGAGCUAAUAGACAUAAUGCAGUUUUCUGAGGGAGGAGAGCUUCUUUUCAUUCGUCUUGCAAGCUCUGAACUAGGUGGAAAUAUUAACAAGAAGAUUAUUGCUGCUAGUGUUGUGAGCCUUUCUCUUUUUGUGUUAUUGUGUUCUGCUGCGUUUUGUUUCUGGAGAUACAGACUUAAACAUAUUGCAAUGAUUUCAAAGGAAGCCUCACGAGAUGCAUGGAGGAAGGGUCUGAAGCCACAUGUCUCAGGUUUAAAUUUCUUCGACAUGAAUACAAUUCAAACUGCCACCAAUAAUUUCAGUCUCUCAAAUAAACUCGGACAAGGUGGAUUUGGCUCAGUUUACAAGGGAAAGCUACAAGAUGGGAAAGAAAUUGCUGUAAAACGGCUUUCUAGCAGCUCAGGACAGGGCAAAGAAGAAUUCAUGAAUGAGAUAGUACUCAUCUCAAAACUUCAACACAACAACUUAGUUCGAAUUUUGGGAUGCUGCAUUGAAGGAGAAGAGAAGCUAUUGAUUUAUGAGUUCAUGUUGAACAAAAGCCUUGAUAAUUUUCUCUUUGAUUCAAGAAAAAGGAUUGAGAUCGGCUGGCCAAAGAGAUUCAAUAUCAUUCAAGGUAUUGCACGUGGACUUCUCUAUCUCCAUCGUGACUCACGCCUCAGGGUCAUUCACAGAGACCUCAAGGUGAGCAAUAUCCUUCUGGAUGAGAAGAUGAACCCAAAAAUAUCAGAUUUUGGAUUGGCUAGGAUGUAUCAGGGAACUGAAUAUCAGAACAACACUCGAAGGGUUGUAGGAACACUUGGAUAUAUGUCUCCUGAGUAUGCAUGGACUGGCACGUUCUCUGAGAAGUCCGACAUCUACAGCUUCGGAGUUCUAUUGUUAGAAAUAAUCAGUGGAGAGAAGAUAUCAAGAUUUAUCAAUGGUGAAGAAGGAAAAACCCUUCUUUCAUAUGCAUGGGAAUCUUGGUGUGAAAAUGGAGGAAUUGAUCUCUUGGAUCAAGAUGUUGCGGAUUCAUGCAACCCAUCCGAAGUUGGGAGAUGUGUGCAGAUUGGUCUGAUUUGUGUUCAGCACCAACCUGCAGGCAGACCCAACACACUGGCUCUGCUUUCUAUGCUCACCACAACAUCAGAUCUUCCAUUACCAACACAACCCACAUUCGUAGUGCACAGCAGAGAUGAAGAAUCCAUGUCUAAGGAUUUGAUGACCGUCAAUGAGAUGACACUAUCUGUGAUCCUUGGUCGUUAAGUAACAGUGUCUGAUGGAUAUAAUUGAUGUGUGUUAGAUUGUUCUCUUUUAAGGGAUCCAUUUUUCGGUGUUGAUAACUUUAACGUUUACUCUUUUAACGUUCAA